AACCCGAGCAGGGCGCGUAGUGUCCAAACCUGCCCGCGCCGCCCGCGCUCUCGGCCUCGAGGGCGCGCGCACGGACACGCGAGCACACCCACACCCACGCGCACACGGACACGCGCGCACUCGAACACUCCCGCGCGCUCGCACCCACGCGCACCUGGCCACGCGCGUGCAUUCCCGCCCACGCGUCCCCGCCCCGCCCCCGGCGCGCACUCCGGGUUCGCAAGUCGCGCGUCGGGGCGACCGCCCUGCUCCGCGAUUGGCAGGAGCCGGAGCCUCCCUGAGCCCGGCGCCCACACCAUGGGCUGAGCCCGUCGGCGCCGAGGGAGUUAGUGCGACCCGGCUCGGCGCGCACGGCCAAGGGCCAAGGCACGCGCGCGGGCACACGCGGGCGCGGACACGCGCGGACACACACGUGCGGGACACGCCCUCCCCCGACGGCGGCGCUAACCUCUCGGUUAGGAAACUAAAACUCUGAGAAGGUGGACUUGUUCAGGGCCAGGUGGAUGAUCGCUGCCAGCCUCUGCGCCUGCACUCUGCUGCCUGCGCUUGCAUGCCUGUGACCCUGUCUGUGGGGUUCCCUGAGCCAGUCUCAUAGUCCGGCUGCUGACUCCAGGAAUGGGGCAUGGGGCCUAGGAAUGCCUCAGCGAUUCUGAUGCAGGUUAUUCCAGGAUCUUUGGAGACCCGAGGAAAGCCGUGUUGACCAAAAGCAAGACAAAUGACUCACAGAGAAAAAAGAUGGCAGAACCAAGGGCAACUAAAGCCGUCAGGUUCUGAACAGCUGGUAGAUGGGCUGGCUUACUGAAGGACAUGAUUCAGACUGUCCCGGACCCAGCAGCUCAUAUCAAGGAAGCCUUAUCAGUUGUGAGCGAGGACCAGUCGUUGUUCGAGUGUGCCUACGGAACGCCACACCUGGCUAAGACGGAGAUGACCGCGUCCUCCUCCAGCGACUAUGGACAGACUUCCAAGAUGAGCCCACGCGUCCCUCAGCAGGAUUGGCUGUCUCAACCCCCAGCCAGGGUCACCAUCAAAAUGGAAUGUAACCCUAGCCAGGUGAACGGCUCAAGGAACUCUCCUGAUGAAUGCAGUGUGGCCAAAGGUGGGAAGAUGGUGGGCAGCCCAGACACCGUCGGGAUGAACUAUGGCAGCUACAUGGAGGAGAAGCACAUGCCACCCCCAAACAUGACCACGAACGAGCGCAGAGUUAUCGUGCCAGCAGAUCCUACGCUAUGGAGUACAGACCAUGUGCGGCAGUGGCUGGAGUGGGCGGUGAAAGAAUAUGGCCUUCCAGAUGUCAACAUCUUGUUAUUCCAGAACAUCGAUGGGAAGGAACUGUGCAAGAUGACCAAGGACGACUUCCAGAGGCUCACCCCCAGCUACAAUGCCGACAUCCUUCUCUCACAUCUCCACUACCUCAGAGAGACUCCUCUUCCACAUUUGACUUCAGAUGAUGUUGAUAAAGCCUUACAAAACUCUCCACGGUUAAUGCAUGCUAGAAACACAGGGGGUGCAGCUUUUAUUUUCCCAAAUACUUCAGUAUAUCCUGAAGCUACGCAAAGAAUUACAACUAGGCCAGAUUUACCGUAUGAGCCCCCCAGGAGAUCAGCCUGGACCGGUCAUGGCCACCCCACGCCCCAGUCGAAAGCUGCUCAACCAUCUCCUUCCACAGUGCCCAAAACUGAAGACCAGCGUCCUCAGUUAGAUCCUUAUCAGAUUCUUGGACCAACAAGUAGCCGCCUUGCAAAUCCAGGCAGUGGCCAGAUCCAGCUUUGGCAGUUCCUCCUGGAGCUCCUGUCGGACAGCUCCAACUCCAGCUGCAUCACCUGGGAAGGCACCAACGGGGAGUUCAAGAUGACAGAUCCCGACGAGGUGGCCCGGCGCUGGGGAGAGCGGAAGAGCAAACCCAACAUGAACUACGAUAAGCUCAGCCGUGCCCUCCGUUACUACUAUGACAAGAACAUCAUGACCAAGGUCCACGGGAAGCGCUACGCCUACAAGUUCGACUUCCACGGGAUCGCCCAGGCCCUCCAGCCCCACCCCCCGGAGUCAUCUCUGUACAAGUACCCCUCAGACCUCCCGUACAUGGGCUCCUAUCACGCCCACCCACAGAAGAUGAACUUUGUGGCGCCCCACCCUCCAGCCCUCCCCGUGACAUCUUCCAGUUUUUUUGCUGCCCCAAACCCGUACUGGAAUUCACCAACUGGGGGUAUAUACCCCAACACUAGGCUCCCCACCAGCCAUGUGCCUUCUCAUCUGGGCACUUACUACUAAAGACCUAUGGAGGCCUUUCCCAUCAGCGUGCAUUCACCAGCCCAUCGCCACAAACUCUAUCAGAGAACAUGAAUCAAAAGUGCCUCAAGGGGAAUGAAAAAAGCUUUACUGGGGCUGGGGAAGGAAGCCAGGGAAGAGAUCCAAAGACUCUUGGGAGGGAGUUACUGAAGUCUUACUACAGAAAAGAGGAGGAUGCUAAAAAUGUCACGAAUAUGGACAUAUCAUCUGUGGACUGACCUUGUAAAAGAUAGUGUAUGUAGAAGCAUGAAGUCUUAAGGACAAAGUGCCAAAGAAAGGGGUCUUAAGAAAUGUAUAAACUUUAGAGUAGAGUUUGGAAUCCCACUAAUGCAAACUGGGAUGAAACUAAAGCAAUAGAAACAACACAGUUUUGACCUAACAUACCGUUUAUAAUGCCAUUUUAAGGAAAACUACCUGUAUUUAAAAAUAGAAACAUAUCAAAAACAAGAGAAAAGACACGAGAGAGACUGUGGCCCAUCAACAGACAUUGAUAUGCAACUGCAUGGCAUGUGCUGUUUUGGUUGAAAUCAAAUACAUUCCGUUUGAUGGACAGCUGUCAGCUUUCUCAAACUGUGAAGAUGACCCAAAGUUUCCAACUCCUUUACAGUAUUACCGGGACUAUGAACUAAAAGGUAGGACUGAGGAUGUGUAUAGAGUGAGCGUGUGAUCGUAGACAGAGGGGUGAAGGAGGAGGAGGAGGAGGAGGCAGAGAAGGAGGAGACCAGGGCUGGGAAAGAAACUUCUCAAGCAAUGAAGACUGGACUCAGGACAUUUGGGGACUGUGUACAAUGAGUUAUGGAGACUCGAGGGUUCAUGCAGUCAGUGUUAUACCAAACCCAGUGUUAGGAGAAAGGACACAGCGUAAUGGAGAAAGGGGAAGUAGUAGAAUUCAGAAACAAAAAUGUGCAUCUCUUUCUUUCUUUGUCAAAUGAAAAUUUUAACUGGAAUUGUCUGAUAUUUAAGAGAAACAUUCAGGACCUCAUCAUUAUGUGGGGGCUUUGUUCUCCACAGGGUCAGGUAAGAGAUGGCCUUCUUGGCUGCCACAAUCAGAAAUCACGCAGGCAUUUUGGGUAGGCGGCCUCCAGUUUUCCUUUGAGUCGCGAACGCUGUGCGUUUGUCAGAAUGAAGUAUACAAGUCAAUGUUUUUUUCCCCCUUUUUAUAUAAUAAUUAUAUAACUUAUGCAUUUAUACACUACGAGUUGAUCUCGGCCAGCCAAAGACACACGACAAAAGAGACAAUCGAUAUAAUGUGGCCUUGAAUUUUAACUCUGUAUGCUUAAUGUUUACAAUAUGAAGUUAUUAGUUCUUAGAAUGCAGAAUGUAUGUAAUAAAAUAAGCUUGGCCUAGCAUGGCAAAUCAGAUUUA